AGAGUGAGCAGAUUAAUGUUUAAUAAUCUGUUAAUAAUCUAAUAGUUUAUUUUAGUCUAGGUAAAGCAGGUUUCCACAUUGUACAAUUAUCAUUUUAGAAACAAGUUGGAACUAUUUAAAUUUCAGAUUCUUUAUUAAUAAAAUAAAGAGGUUUUUUGAGCCGUUCCUGCAUGAGAAUGAGACAGAGAUUGAUCGGUGGCCUUCACACACACACACACACACACACACACACACACUUACUAAACUUCUUAUCAGGUUUCACACAUUAUUGUGUCUAGAUCGCCACUGUAUUUUUCUGUAUGACCUGCUAUCAUUAUAAAGUAAAACACAGCAAAAGGAAAACUCGAGGAAUUUGUCCCAGAAAAAGGCCUGAACUGGGACCGCAGCAGUUUCUCAAGCAUUAUUAGUUGCACAGGAUGGACUGGCGUUCCUGUAUGGAACAACAGUGAUUACUGUGUCAGUAGGCUGCAGGUAGGAGAGAGGAGGGCUCGAGUAAAUCUCCGCUCGGCCAUCUGCUUUGACAGCUCGGUGACAUUGGAUUGAGUGGCAAAUCCACAGCAGCUGCGUCACUGUCCAGCCUGCCUUCCCUCAGACACAAACCUUCCAGAUCCAUCUGAUCUUACACAACAAGAGAGGACAAGUGCCUCAGCACUAUGUGAUGCAUCCCAACAUGCAUGAAAUACAGACUGGAGACUUUAAUCUUUGAAUGCGUCACGUGAUCCGCUCUGGAUGGAGGUGCAGAAGGAGAGCGAUUCAAGGUUAAACCGGGGGAGGAGGAGCAUGAGUGUCACGUGAUGCGCUAUGCCUCUGGGUAUUGGUGGAUGGCUGAUGGAGCAAAAGAUAGACUGAGCACCAUAAGAUAAAACUUCCCCCCCAAUAAAACAAAACAAAAACAAACGAAAAACCCAGAUGUAAAUCAUAACCUUAUAUUACUGGUAGCUACAAAAAUGUCUCGGAAAUCAUGUCUGUGGAAAAUCACCUAAAACUGAAGAUGUGAUUAUCUUAUAAGAAUCAAAGAAGUAAAAACGUCUCCUCAGCUCAAAAGCCUGGUUUUAUACGUGUCUGACGCUAGGAAUCAUCCAGCAGCAUCUCCACCCCCCCACCCCCGUCAUCCCGGUGAGGGAGGAGACAGCAGACCUGUCGCUCAUCCGCUCUCUCUCCACCGGUGCAGCAGCAGCAUCUCUCCCGUCCUCGGUGCGUCUCAGCCCGGCUCGAUGCAGGACAGAUGAACGCUGCGACAUCCCUCUCUCGCUCAUGACUGAGACAUGCUCGCCUUCGCUUUAGUCGCUGGCUCUGUCUGGGUUGUACUAGAGCUCAGCUCCUCACUUAUGGAGAAGAUGCAGUCUCGGGAUCUGCUGCUAGGUGUUCCUGAGCUGGAUGAUUUGGGUCAGUUCCUGCGCUCUCUGCCCACCUCCACGCUGCUGGGUCUGGGUGCUCUGACCGCUGUGCUGGUCUACUGGAUCUCCACCCGGCCGCGGCCCAUCACACCGCCCUGCGACCUCCGGCUCCAGUCACAGGAAGUGCAGAUGGAGGAUGGUGCUCGGAGGUCCCUGAUAAGCGACAGCUCCACGCUGCUCUCGUACUACCACGAGGACGCCAAGACCAUGUACGAGGUGUUUCAGCGAGGUCUGCACAUCACCGGUGACGGACCCUUUUUAGGCUCCAGACUCCCCAAUCAACCCUACAAAUGGCUGUCCUACAGAGAGGUGUCCAGCAGGGCGGAGCACUUGGGCUCUGGUUUACUGUCUCAGGGGUGUCAGCCCAGUCCGGAUCAGUUCAUCGGGGUGUUUGCUCAGAACAGGCCUGAGUGGAUCAUCUCGGAGCUGGCGUGCUACACCUACUCCAUGGUGGUGGUUCCCCUGUACGACACGCUGGGACCCGACGCCAUCCGCUACAUCAUCAACACAGCUGAGAUCUCCACAGUGAUCUGUGAUAAAGCGGAGAAAGCGUCGGUUCUCCUGGAGAACGUCCAGCGAGGAGAGACGCCGGGGCUGAAGAUGAUCAUCCUCAUGGAUGCCUUUGACACUCAGCUGCUGGAAGAAGCUCAGAAGUGCAGCGUUCACAUCCGGGCGCUCAGAGAUGUGGAGGCUCUGGGUCGAGAGCACUACAGGAAACCUGUGCCUCCCGCAGCAGAUGACCUGUCCAUCGUCUGCUUCACCAGUGGAACCACAGGAGACCCGAAGGGAGUGAUGCUGACCCAUGGGAACGUCGUGGCUGACUUCGGGGGCUUCUUGAAAGUGACAGAUAAGGUGAUCUUUCCAAACCAAGAUGACGUUCUCAUUUCCUUCCUGCCUCUUGCUCACAUGUUCGAGAGACUGAUCGAGGCGGUGGUCAUCUGUCACGGCGGGAGGAUUGGCUUCUUCCAAGGAGAUAUCCGUCUGCUUCCGGACGACAUGAAGGCUCUCCGGCCCACCAUAUUCCCAGUGGUGCCUCGACUCCUGAACCGCAUGUAUGACAAGAUCUUCAGUCAGGCCAACACCUCGCUCAAGCGCUGGCUGCUGAACUUCGCGGCUAAGAGGAAAGGGCUGGAGGUGCGCCGCGGCGUGAUCCGCAGUGAUAGCGUAUGGGACAAGAUCUUCUUCCACAAGAUCCAGGCCAGUCUGGGCGGCAGGUUACGGAUGAUCAUCACCGGAGCGGCUCCUGCGUCCCCGAUCGUCCUGGACUUCCUGAGAGCGGCGCUCGGCUGUCAGGUGUACGAGGCGUACGGUCAGACGGAGUGCACCGCUGGAUGCACCUACACCACUCCUGGAGACUGGACGGCCGGUCACGUAGGCGCUCCGCUGCCCUGUAAUCUCAUCAAACUGCUGGAUGUGGCUGAGAAGAACUACUUUGCUGCUAAAGGAGAAGGAGAGAUUUGUGUGAAGGGCCCAAACGUGUUCAAGGGUUAUCUGAAGGAUCCUGUGAGGACGGCUGAGACGCUGGACGCAGACGGAUGGCUUCACACUGGAGACAUUGGCAAAUGGCUGCCGAACGGCACGCUGAAGAUCAUCGACAGGAAGAAGCACAUCUUCAAGUUAGCUCAAGGAGAGUAUAUUUCCCCGGAGAAGAUCGAGAGCAUCUACAUCCGCAGCGAGCCCGUGUCUCAGCUCUAUGUUCACGGGGACAGCCUGCAGUCGUGUCUGGUGGGAGUCAUCGUCCCCGAUCCUGAGGUCUUACCCUCCUGGGCUCAGAAGAAGGGCUUCGUGGGAAGCUAUGACGAGCUGUGUGGAAAUAAAGAAAUUAAGAAAGCCAUUCUGGAGGACAUGGUGUGCUUGGGAAGAGCUAGUGGCCUCCAUUCAUUCGAACAGGUUAAAGACAUCCACAUCCAUAAAGAAAUGUUCUCCGUCCAGAACGGAUUGCUGACCCCCACUUUAAAAGCCAAGAGACCGGAGCUGAAGCAGUACUUCAAGACAGAAAUCGAGCAGCUGUACAGCAACAUCUCCAUGUAGUCGCUGGUCUCCAGCAGAUGAGGACGCUCCAGCAUUCCUUCACUAUUUGUUCUUCUUCAUUGAAAACUAGCUGGCACUAAACGCUCCGAACGAGCCACGGGCGUCAGGGCCGAGCAUGAGCUUUACUCGCUAUAAGAGUAUUUAAACGAGCUGUGAAUGUCAACGGGUGGUGUGCCUUUAGAAACGUGGCAGAGCUGCAACCAAAUCCAGUCGUGCUCCGAAAGCGGAAGCGUCCCAGCUAGCAUGCAUGCUUCAUUCAUCUCCGGUGGGCCGAGGAGGGCAAAGGUCACCCGUUUCCAUUCAUCUUUCCUUUACAGGUCUGAAGGGAAAUCCAGCACAUUUCGGGCUGUAAGCCAUGCAUGCUGUUUGACAUUCCCAGCCUCAUACAGAGCUCAUGCACAACAAUCACAUACGAUGCUUGUCUAGAUAGUGAAGCUCUACCUGUGUCUCACUUCAUCAACGUGAGCACGUCACACAACCUUGGCCCGAGUCGAUGGAUCGACCAGCUUCUCAGUUCCUUUCCAUCCCAAAGUUUUCAAUAGUAGCUUGUUGAAGAAAACUAGAUGUGAAACUAUUUAAGCAACGGUUUGAAGUGUAGAGAAACCAAUAAGAUUUGAACCUGCUCUUGAAUGAUAUCAGAACUUUAUCUUUGUAUUUCAUGAGGGGAUAUGAAUGGGGACGAAUCUGCAGAGAUGUUCCUUUAUUCUCGGUUACCUUAGCUUUAGUUUUCUGCCAUUAUUUAUUUCACCUGCCCCUGUUCAGACUCUGUUGUGUUUUUGUCUGUUUGCUAGAAUGUUGUUGACUUAUUAGCUAAUUUAACGAUCAGGGUUGUUCUGUUACUCGUUUAUUUAUUGUGAUCAGAGGCUCUUCUCCAUUUGGAUGCUCUUUAUGCUUCCAGAUCAACACAAGUGUACAUUUCUCCUAAUUUCAGUCAGACUGAAGAAUAAUGACCAAAGUCUGUCUUCACAUCAUUAUAGUGUCUUCAGUCAAACAGCUAUUAGACAGAACAUCUGAGCCUUACGAAUCUGAAGACAUUUUCCCCAGUUUUGACCAACAGUUUGUUUUUUGUGUUUAUGAAUCUGUUCACUUGCAUCUUUUCCUGAUAAUAAAGUCUUUUACGCGCAUGUACAUCUCUGCAUAUACACAAAAAUAGUGAUGAGUGUGUGCAAAACAUGUAAAAAUAAAGAAAAAUGAUUUGUAAUUCUA